AUGUCCAGGUUAGGGCAGUCGUUUCGAAGGCUGCUCGGGUACAAGGAGAUGCGAUUGGCGCUGCUGGGACUGGAUGCCGGGGGCAAGACGACCACUCUCUACAAGCUUCAGGAGCUUUUCCCGCCGGAUCCAGCAGGUGAGAAGAACGUCGAUGUUCCCAUGGUGGUGAUUGAGGAGAUUCAUCACAAAAACGUGAAGUUCAGGGUCUGGGACGUGGACGGGGCCAAGAGAGCACGCAGCGCCUGGAGGUUUUUGGUUGACAGCACCGACGGUCUGGUCUUCGUGGUCGACUCGCUGGACAGGGAACGAAUCGACGAGGCGGCUCAGGCAUUCCACAGCAUCGUGACUGACAAGUCUCUGAGAAACAGCGCCAUUCUGGUCCUGGCCAACAAGCAAGAUAUGAAGACGGCCUUGAGCCCUGUCGACGUUUGCGUGUCGCUGGAUCUCCACAGCCUUCGCAACCACCGGUGGCAUAUCGUCGGGACUUCAGCUUCCACGGGCGAAGGCCUCUACGAGGCUUUGGACUGGCUCACCGACACUCUGAACCAGAUGCAGGCUCGAGGUCUACCCACAUGUGUCGUCGGAGAAUCCGGAUGGCAAGCCUGGUUCUGA